AUUUUAUACAUAAUAUCACGCAUUAUUAAGUUUCAUAUUUCGAUUUUUAUCUCUAACUAUUGAUCAUAUGGAGUGCAGCGAAUUCGUUGCCACGGCCAUAUCCUCAACCUUGCUGUUCAAGCGUUCCUCUUCAUGGAUUCCAAAGAAGCAGCGCAAGCCGCUUUGGAGAAUAUCGAGCUCACAGACGAAUCGCCAUUUGGUACAGACUUCUCUGAAUGUGUCAACGCACAAAGAGUUCAGGGCUGGAGGCGGCUCGGACCGCUUAGUAAAGUACAUAACAUGUUGGUGCACAUGCGCGGAAGUGACUUUCGUUGGAACGAGUUCAAGAGGCGCGCGGGGAGGUCCCUAGGUCUCGACAACGAUACGCGUUGGAACUCGUGGUUCCGUCUCCUAGACGUCACUCUUAACCUCCAAAACCACGUGGAAAGGUACCAGAGAAAGUACUACGACGAUCUUCGCGAUGAUUACCUGUCGCCGGAGGAGUGGCGCAUGCUGGCAGAGACACGAAUAUUUCUGCAGCCAUUUUGGAAGAUAACACAACUUACAGAAGGGCGUUGCGCCACGUUGGAUCGGUCGCUUUUCACCAUGGACGUUCUACACAAGCAUUACACGCAGGAGUUCGAACGGCACGCUUAUGAUAGCACGCUGCGGAGUUGUAUCGCAGCUUCCUGGGCCGUCUUUGAUAAGUACUACCAACUGACAGACGAUAGUCCGGUCUACGGCGCGGCCAUAAUGCUGCACCCGUCAAGGCGGCGAGCGCAUAUUAAAAAGAACUGGCCGAGGUCAUGGCACAAGCAAGUUCUCGAAGGCGCUCGGAAGCACUGGACGAGUUAAUAUCAAGGUCUCCCAGUCGCCACCUUAACACCUCGACUAGGAAGUCAAGAUGGGCGCUUGGAUGAGUACGACAUGCUGGCGCGCGAAUUGGAUGUUGUUGAUCCGGCUAUGAGUGACCUAGAUGAGUACGAGUCAUUUAUUGGACAGCCACCUGUAGCAAUUGACUGUUCUCCCCUAGCUUGGUGGCUUCGCGAAGAGCAGCAAAAAACGUACCCGCGACUCUCGCGAAUGGCGGUGGACAUCCUAUCAGUGCCUGCCAUGUCCGCCGAGCCGGAGCGGGUGUUUUCCGGGGCAAGACGUACGAUUUCAUGGGACAGAUGCCAGCUAGGAGCGCAAACCAUUAAGAAGGGAGAGUGCAUGAAAAGUUGGAUCAAAAGUGGGAUAACAAAAGGAAAUUUAUUGGAUGGAUUGAAUGCGUUAGACGAGGAUGCGGGCGGCGGUGACAGCGGAGAAAAAGGCGAGCAUGCAGGAUGGGCGAGCCCCUUAACGGAAUCGAUCUAAGUAGUCUCGAAUCAGUAGGUUUGAUUACGUUAUCGUUUUUUUUUUCCAUACGUAUGGAAAAAUUCCAUACCGGUUGCUGCUCUGUGUUCCAUACGUAAAACCUUCCAUAUGGAAUAUGGAAUAUGGAUAGAAAGCCUGGUUGGUACCGGGCUAACAUCUGUCUGCGGCGAACUCUGUUCCGCG